ACGACAAGGUUCACGGUGCUGACGUCCACACCGCUUGGCAUGGCGGCACUGCAGCCCGGACAGAUCGAGGUGAUGCAAGACCGGCGCCUGAGCCGCGACGACAACCGCGGCAUGAACCAGGGCGUGCUCGACAACCUGCGCACGCGACACGUCUUCAAACUACUACUCGAGCCCGCCGGCAGGGACUGUCAGAAACCCCCACCAGAAGCAACGAGCGGGCAGCUGACCCUAGGGUCUCAUAUUGCCCAGCAGUACCUCCUGCAGCCGCUCAUAAGCAUGCAGUACACGGCACGCGAGGACACCUCCCGGCCCGCCUACUCUCGAUCCACUGUCAGCGCCGCGGACAUCGUGUUGGCCUCGUGUCAAUCCCACGUGUCCAGUAAGACUAAAGAUGGCGGCACACUACGAGGCAUAGGAGUGACGCUGCAGCGGGUCCAUCUCGACGAGUGUUACGGGAAUAAGGACGUGUAUAAAUCCUACCCCAUCGGCGAUGGAGUGGUGCAAAUAUCAGACUUGCUAGACGUGCAACGUGACCGCGUGUUCGACAGUUCACUGACCUUUGUCAGCGUGCACAACCCAUUGCCGGAGGGCGUCGUCACGCUGUGCCCCAUGGAGGUGCGGUCAGUAUUCAUUAACCAAUCGCUCAACAACGGCUGAGUCGAACAUAGCGUAUAAAUACAGGACUGAUUAUAUUAAAUAACUGUUGCAAGUCUGCAACGUUUAGCAUUGUAAUUUUAACUCA